CCCGCAUUCUACUUCAACUGUCCGUGCAGGCUGCAAUGUCUGCUUUAACCGCCUCUGUAUCGCGUACGGGCGCGUCGCUGGCCUCAUGUAAAGUUUCUCUGCGCGCUGGACCAUCUGUGCUCACGGUACAACACCAGCAAAUGCGUGGAUAUGCCCAGCAAAAACGGAAAGUUCCAGUGAAGAAGACAUCACAAUCGUUCAAGGUCAAGGGUGGUCCAGGUGGCCUUGGGACAGGUCCAAAACGAGCGAGGGCCACUGGGAUAUUCAGACCUAUGUCCGCGAAUCAGCUCACUCAUCCCAUAUUUCAAGCUGGUGGUGUUGACGGACUGGAAGGCAUGCCCGAGUUCCAACCAUUAGCACUACCUGAGAGUGCUGGAAAGGCUCUUGCAUUUCCGAACCCUGAGAACCACAUCAUCCAAACAUUCGGAGUCCCAAAGAACCUAGUGCUUGAGUGGCGACUGCUGUCAAAACCUGUCUCGGUAGUACGGGAUAUGACACUCGACCUCGUUCAAAAGCUCGACGCUGCAAGUUCAAAAUCGAGCGAGGGAAAUAGGUUUGUUCUCGGUGGGCCUAAAGGCUCCGGGAAAUCGCUUCUCCUCCUCCAAGCAGUCGAGUACGCUGCGGCAUCUAACUGGCUAGUCCUCUACAUCCCCCGCGGAAUAGACCUCGUCAACUCUUCAUCCAAUUACGUCUACGACCUUCGCACCCAGUCAUAUUACCAACCAAAUUUCGCAUUUCAAACUCUUCAACGCUUUAAGAUCGUCAAUGCGAAGUUGCUCGAAGGGUUGAAGGUGCAUAGAGAUGUCGAGAUUGAGAGGCACGAGACGGUGAAGGGGGGAGUUCCAUUGGCUGAGUUAAUCGAGGUUGGGGUGCAAGAUAAGACUGUGGCGCCGACGGUCUUGGAAGCGAUGUUGGAGUGCUUGGGUGCGCAGACAGAACUUCCUGUUCUAGUAGCAGUAGACGACUUCCAAGCUCUCUUCUGCAAAUCUGCAUACCGUGAUCCACUAUACGGUUCCCUCCGCGCCUGGCAUCUUUCCAUGCCUCGUCUCCUCCUCGAAUAUGCCAGUGGCCGUAGAACUUUCGCUCGUGGCGCCUUCGUCGGCGCCAUCUCCUCCACUUCGAACACCUAUGCCCUCACACCCGAAGUCCGCUACGCACUUGGCUUCCAGCAAGACCUUCAGCCGUCUCCGUACAUCAAAGUUCCGGAGGAAGUUAAGAUAUACACGAAAGGGAUCAAGGCGCUGGAUGUACCGGAGAAGUUGAGCGUGAGCGAGGCCGCGGCCCUGUUUGAGGUGUGGAUGAAGAACAAGACGUUGCAUACCAACCCGACGGACGAGCUCUUCAUGACGAAGUAUACGGAGUCGUCAGGGAACGCGAGAGACUUUGUUUGGAGGGGGUUGUUAGCUACCUUAGCUUCUCAUUAAUUACUGUCAACCUGCUUUGGCAUUUGCAUAUCAUAGAAUGAUUUGCCAAUACCUCCC